AUGGAUGACAGCGAUGACGAGGGAGAACAUUCGGGUGCUCUUGAUAUUCCCGAUGAUAUCGAACUCUCCUGCCGUUGCCAUUACCACUGGCAAUGCCUCAUGGACAAUGCUUCCACGGUGAUUUCCAGCUUUCAGUGUCCUUCUUGUGGGGAGGACAUAUCAAGCUCAGCCGUAUCUGCAGCUAGCUCUCGUGCAAACGACAUCCCUGCUAUUCUCGUACGAUAUACGAAUGAGGGCGGUACGCAGGAUGGUUUAGACAUUGCAGCAUCCGUACGGGAGGAGGCGUACUUGGAAGCGCACCCCGAAGCGGCCCCGGCGCGGGCCUUCCAUGUAAUGUGCGCGAGUGGCGAUGUGGAUGGUCUCGUUGAGCUUCUGUACUACUCUAGUGAUCAGGUCCCUGAUCUCGGUGCGAUGAUCAGAUAUCAAGACCCUCUAUACGGAAUGAAAAGUGGCCUCCAUUUGGCUGUCGAGAAUCGACAGGAGGAGGUCGCAUGGCUAUUACUAUGGGUUUCUUCUUUGUUGGCGUCGGACAUGUUCCCUCCCGGUGCGAGACAAAGCGCCGAGUCCAUCGGUCUUGGGCGACUCUGUGUCGAUAGUUCUACGGACAUUAGAGGGUUGUUGGAUGGCGAGGGGCGCAGUGCUGCUGCUUUGUCUGUACAGCUUGGUGGUCCGUCGCUGCAUCUCGUUGAUAUGGGUGUCUUAGCGAUGUAG